AUGACUUCUCGUUUGGAUCGUUUACUGAAUCUGUUGGACAGCGGAUCUCUUGCCGUUCGUUCGGCUGCUGCCAAACAGAUUGCCGAAGCCACCAAAUAUCACCAAGCAGAAAUUCCUUCCGUUUUGUUUAAAGUCGCUCAUUUGCUUCGUUCGCCGAGUUGGGAAACCAGGACUGCAGCAGGUGAAGCCAUCAGUGCCAUUGCUCAGACCGUUCCACUCUAUAAUCGUGAUCGGGUACUCGACUCGUACACGUUACCAACUUCAACAACCCUUCAAGUCAAGAAGGAAGAAGAGCAAACCAUCAUCACCACACCAAGAUACCAAGAAAAGGUGCAAGAAGAGACUCAAUUACAACAUGAAAAGUUUUCCUUCCGUUCCUUCGAUAUUCGACAUGUCUUGCAGCAUGGUGUACCACUGUUUGCCUCGAAUGUGGUCGACGAAGAACAAAAACUCAAACAUUUAAAACCAAAAGAAAGACUCGCUUUCCACAAACGGCAAGUGUAUGGUCGUCUAGGAUAUUUACCAGAUGAGAAGGAAGAGCUUCUCAUCUUUUCAAGUGAUUAUCAACAACAGCAACAACAACCCUCAUCAUCACUCAAUGAUCAAGAUGUUUCCAUGUCGGAAGGCGCUGCUGCAUCCAGCAAUGAACCCCUAAGUGCUCGAGAACGAAGAGAGAAAUUCAUUCAAAAGCAAAACAUCAAGAAACAACAACAACAAGCAAGUGCUUCUUCUUUUGCCGAAGAACAACAACAAGAAAUUAUGGAUGAUGUGAGUCGGAAAGCAAAAAAGAUGAAAACUCUUGUGACCGAACAACCACAAGCCGAGAAUAUGGUUGUUAUUGAGAGUACACUCGACAUGACGAGUGACAUUGUCGAGUAUGAACGAUGGCCUUUUCACUACUUGACCGAUAAACUCCUGGCAGACCUGUUUAACUCUUCAUGGGUGAUUCGUCAUGGUGCUGCUAUUGGAUUAAGGGAAAUCUUAAAGGUUCCUGAACAAAUUCAAUCGGCUGGAAAGUCGAUAUUUUGUACUGAGGAUUUAUCCGUUGUGAAUGCUAGAUGGUUGGAAGACUGCUGUAUUCGAAUAUUGUGCCUUUUUGCACUGGAUAAAUUCACAGAUUUCCUUUCUGAUCAGGUCAUUUCUCCCAUUCCUGAAACUUGUGCACAAAUUCUAGGUUUGAUUUUCAAAUAUAUUAACACGAGUGCUGUUAAGACUAUUGUUUCCAAUUUGGUACUUCUAAUGGAGCCACAAAAUGAAUGGAAAGUAAGACACAACGCAUUGUUGGGAUUGAAGUACGCAGUUGCUCUUAGGUCGCAUGAAAUUGACGAACUUUUUCCUAUGGUUCUUCCUGCAGUAAUUCAAUGCUUAUCAGAUGAGACAGGAUCUUCCAACAUUUCUGCAGAGGACGUGAAAGCCGUAGCUGCUGAUUGCUUGGUGCCAAUAGCAGAGCAUGUCAUGAAACUAAACAAUCAGUAUGUCACUGGAAUAUUUAGCAUUUUGUGGAAUUCGCUCCUUGAAAUGGAUGACUUGUCGUCGUCCACAGCGAGCGUCAUGACACUUUUGGCAAAACUUUAUUCCAUACCACAAAAAUCAAAAAUCAUUCUCGAGGAAAAGCUCCACAUUUUAGUUCCUAGAUUAUAUCCAUAUAUGCGCCAUAACAUUCUUUCGGUACGAGUUUCCGCAUUAGAAACAAUAAUGGAACUAAUUCAAGCUACCAAUGUUGCUCCAAACUCUUGGGUUUUGAAAGGAAGUAUUCUAUCACAUCUUGUAGCACUGAUAUUUCAAAAUCUGAUUCUAGAUUCUAAGGAAAGUGUGAUUGAGAAAACUUUAGCUGUGUGGCAAGUCAUGGUUUCUAAGGUUCCUCAACAAUGGCUAUGUCCAGUCGUUUCAAGGUAUAUUGGUACAUGGUGUUCUCUCAUGUCAACACCUAUCGGACACAAUUUUGAUAUUGCUCUACUCACGCUCCCAGAGGAAAUUUAUAACACUCUAACUCAGAACAGAUGGUCCUCAAUGACCCAUGACACUCUAAAACGAAAACUUGAUGGAACCAAACCAGAGCAAGAUCAAAGCAUGGAUGGUCAAACAUUUUCCAUGAGAAUGUCUAUUUCAGAAUUGGAAGAAUUUACACAGCUUCGAAUGGCAACAUCCAAAGCGAUUGCUAUAUUUGCAUCCUCAGUCGAAGAUCCUAACAAUCUUUCAGAAUUAAUGAAUACCUUAGAUUUCUUGCUGAAAUCAAGCUGGUCGAUUCACAGAGAGACUGCUGGAUUGUUACUUCAAAAUAUUUUCCAGUAUUCAGAACAGCAUGGAAAGAAGUUUACAAUUCCAGAGCCACUCGUUCAGUUACUACUUCAAAUUGUUCAAACAACUGUUUACACAUACUCGAGUACGGAAAUUCAACACUAUUUCACUAAUUUUGUAUCAGAGUGCAAUAUUCUUCUGCAUUACUAUGCUCGAUUUGGCUUGGAUGUGUCUUCUUUUUACUCUCAGACCGCAGAAGGAGUGCCCGCUUUGAACAUGUCAGUAUCUAUUGCCCAAGAUCUUACCUCCAGAUAUUAUGAAUACUAUGCACAAAAUCUUGCUGACAAUACUCCAUUGCUUCAAGAACUUGAAAUGAUUGUGAAUCGAGUGAAAACGGCUUCGGAUAUCUAUGUCAAUAACUGGAAUAUCAUGAAGAAUAGAGCUCUCUCAAUAUUAUCAUGUGCGAUUAUUUAUAAUGGAGAUAUUUCUGCAGGAAAAGAACUGCUGAGCCCGCUCAUGGUCAUUUUACUUCCUUCUAUUGAGACACAAGGUUCAAGCAUUACGUUGCAACAACUGUUUUGCAAAUCUUUGGCCAAACUUUUAUUUAUUUGCAAAGAUUUUGCAACUACAAAAUCGCCAAAUCCAGCAAUUACCAAAAAGGUGUUGGAGUUACUUUGCAAAACCAUGCCUCAGCAACUCGUCGUGCAUAAAGCUCUCGAAAAGGAAAAUCAAAAAGAACCUAUCGUGGAAGAGGAAUCAGAGAAACAAAAGAAGGGUAGAAAAAAGAAGGGAGCCAUCAAGGAAGACGAAAUUAAUGAGAUCAAGGAUGCUGUUUCUCAAGUUAAUGGCCUUUCAUCCAAAGAAGAUCCUCUGCUAAUUGCUCAAAGAGGAGCAGCUAUGACUCUAUGUGAAAUUGCCAAGAUAUUCGAGGAACAGAUCUUUGAUCAGUUGGAGCCCUUAAGGGUUCAAUCCAUUGACAUUAUUUUACAGAAAUUUCACCCAUCUACACUAGCACCAAAAGCAGCGCCCUCUCUUCCAAGUGCAACUCCAACUUUGACAGAAGAAAAGGUCAUUGUGAAUGCUCUCCAUAUUUUUAGAACUAUUGCCCCUUCAAUAACCUCAAAAUUAUAUGGGCUUCUUGUUGAAAUAAUGAAAGCAAUCAUUCAAAAUUAUGUCACUCAUCCAGAUAUUGACAUUAGAAAGCAUGCAGCGUUGACAAUCUCUGAAAUAUGUUAUUAUGUUGAGCAUGAUGCUCUUAUUGUUCUUGUGAAGGAGCUAUUACCAUUACUGGCUAAUCCAACCAAUGUUGCUUCAAGACGAGGAGCUGCCUUAACUAUUUAUUCCUUCCUUUCUCGCCUUGAAAUGAAGUCACUUCCAGCUGUUGCAUUUUUAGCUGUUCCUUUAUUGAAAAGAAUGAGCGAUCAAGAUGAUGUGACAAGAGAGAUUGCCUCCAAUUGUUUCGGAACUGUGAUCAAAUUGCUGCCCCUUGAAAAAUCAUCUGCUCCACUCCAAGGCCUAGAGCAACAACUCGAAGAGGAACACAAGUUUAUUGAUCAACUCUUAGAUAACACUAAGGUCGAGCCUUUCGAUAUUCCAAUCAAGAUUAAUGCAGAGCUUAGACAAUAUCAAAAAGAUGGAGUUUCAUGGCUGGCCUUUUUGAAUAAGUACAAUUUGCAUGGCAUUCUUUGUGACGACAUGGGUCUAGGAAAAACCUUGCAAACCAUUUGUAUGAUUAACAGUGAUAUUCACAUGAGAAAGAUUCAAUAUCAACAAACAAGAAAUCCUGAAUUUGUUCAUUUACCUUCACUGGUAGUUUGUCCUCCCACUUUAUUGGGUCACUGGGGUUAUGAGAUUAACAAAUUUUGCCCCGACCUCACUGCAUUACAAUAUCUUGGCUCUGUUUCACAAAGAAGAGCUUGGAGAGCCGAAUUUCACAAGUAUGACAUUGUCAUUCUUUCCUAUGACGUGUUGAGAAAUGACAUUAAGGAAAUUGUUGCUGCACAAAACAAUUGGAAUUAUUGCAUUUUGGAUGAAGGACAUAUUAUCAAAAACAAAAAGACUCAAAUUACCAAAGCUGUCAAACAGAUCAAAGCCAAUCACAGACUCAUCUUAUCUGGUACUCCCAUUCAAAACAAUGUGUUAGAAUUAUGGUCACUUUUCGACUUUUUAAUGCCUGGAUUUCUUGGUACUGAGAAGGAGUUUAAUGCAAAAUACAGUAAACCUAUCCAAGCAAGCAGAGAUGCGAAGGCAAACUCAAAAGAGCAAGCUGCAGGAACACUUGCCUUACAAAGUUUACACAGACAAGUUUUACCAUUUCUCUUGAGAAGAGUGAAAGAAGAUGUAUUGCAUGAUCUUCCAGAGAAAAUUAUUCAGGACUAUUAUUGUGAACUUUCACCUAUUCAAUCCAAAAUGUAUGAAUAUUUUGCAAAGAAGGAAAAGUCAAAGGUUUCUCAAGAGUUGCAAAGCCAACAAGAGGAAAAGAAGCCAAAAGAUAUUUCUGAAAAUUCUCAUGUCUUCAAAGCACUCAAGUAUUUAAGAAAGCUCUGUAACCAUCCAUGUUUGGUUUUGGAGCCAGAUCACCCCAUGUAUCAAUCUGUGACACAAGAAAUUAAGCAACAAGGAAUGGAGUUGACAGACGUAAAUUUAUCACCCAAAUUACUCUCUUUGAAACAGCUCUUAAAUGAUUGUGGAAUUGGGCUUCCUGCUGAAGGAAAUAAUGCUAUUGAGUCAGGAAGUAUGAAUCAACACAGAGUAUUGAUUUUCUGCCAAAUGAAACAAAUGCUUGACAUUAUUCAGAAUGAGCUAUUUGCCAAGUAUAUGCCAUCGGUCACGUACAUGAGGUUGGACGGUGAUGUGGAGACCAUGAAGCGUCACGAAGUUGUUCAAAAGUUCAAUAGUGAUCCUACCAUUGAUGUGCUCUUGUUGACAACAAAAAUUGGAGGUCUUGGACUCAAUCUCACAGGAGCAGACACUGUUAUUUUUGUGGAGCACGAUUGGAAUCCAAGUAAUGAUUUGCAAGCCAUGGACCGAGCUCACAGAAUUGGCCAAAAAAAGGUUGUGAAUGUUUACAGACUCAUCACAAAGAAUACUCUCGAAGAAAAGAUUAUGGGAUUGCAAAAAUUCAAACUUAACAUUUCCAAGAGUGUGAUUAACUCUGAAAAUAGCAGUCUGGCUUCUAUGGACACAGAGCAAUUGGUGGAUUUAUUCAAUUUUUCUGGAGGAGGAGAGGCCUCCUCUUCUGGUGCACCUUUGGAGAAGCCAACCAAAAAGUCAGGCUUGGGACAAGUCUUGGAGAAUAUGGAGGAGUACGAUCAAGAACAACAAUAUCAAGAUUUUAAUCUCAGCAACUUUGUGAGUUCUGUUUCAAAAUAA